AUGAACGGCGUCCGUCGUUUUCUCGGCGGUGGCGGCGGCGGCGGAGGGACAAGUACGACGACGGCGACGACGGCACCCCCUGAAAUCCCCCCACUCAAUCUCUCCUCCUCACCGAAUUCCGCAUCUCCAUCAACAAGUCCGACGAAAGAGUCGCCGCUUGAUUCUGCUUCUGCAGGGGGGUCACGACCGUCAACUGGCACUGCAGGACUUUUCAUACGGAAGGACAGGCACAGACAACAGCCUUCAUCGUCCACUGGUACUUUCGAUGACGCUGUCGCUGCUGCUUUCACCAACGGUUCUUCGUCUUCACCGUCGGCAUCGGCAUCGUCACCGCCGCCAUUACCGCACGGUUCGGCGUUCACGUCGACGAGAGCGAUGAAUCCACCGUUUCCUGUUGCUGGUCCGUCGAGUUCUAAAUCGAGAUCGCCCGUGAGGAAGUCGGUGCCGCCGGUGGAUCGGAGCUCGGGGUUCUUUGGGACGAGGGACGAGUUGUUGAUGAGUUUGCUUUCGAGUGAGGCGGUGGUGGAUAGUCGGGGCUAUGAGGUCUUGAGCGCGGAGGACGUUGAGGAGUUGAAGAAGGAACACCAAGUCCUCUCCUCCCGCCUCACCGCCUGCACCAAAAAGCUCGCGCUCGAGACCAAAAUCCGAGACGCAGCGGCGAACCUCGCAAAGAUAAACUCGAACCUGAAACGGGUCUCCAAACAAUCCUCGGACCAACUCGAGACGUCGAACCGUAAAGUCGAGGCUGCCCAGCGCGAGCUCUGGCGCGUCUCGGAGCGCGCGAGCGAGGUCCACAAUAAGCUACUGCAGCAUCGCGCGGCGGUCCUGUCACAUUCCGUGAGGGAUCUCGAGAGGAAGGUCCAGGCUGGACAGGGUGGUGGUGGUCUUGGCGGCCUUGGUGGAGGUGGUACGGUGAUUGGAGGAGGGGACGGGAGUACGUCAGGGUGGAGUACGCCCGUGACCGGUACGGGGACGAGUACGGCGCCGUUGAGUCCUACAUCGAGUGUUACCAGUGCCGGCGGGUCAUCCAAAGCGCGAUUCGACGGUGCGCAUCUGUUCGCGGGGCAUGAGAAUGCCGUCGUUCCGAAGAGACCGCGUCCGCCGAUGACGUUGGCGGAUGUGGCGGUGAUGGAGGAGCAGUUGAGGGUGACGAGGGAGUCGUUGAAGCAGGCGGAGGCGUUGCAUGUGGCGGCGGUGCAGGAGUUGGAGAUGAUCAGGGCGGAGAAGGAGAAUACGGAGGCUACGUUGAUGGUUGCGGACGAGGCGAAAGAGGCGGCAGAGAGGGGGGCAGAGAGGGCGGAGGAGUUGGAGAUGCGCUUGAGGGAGAUGGAGGAUGAGCGGCAGGCGUGGGAGGAUGAACGGAUGGUGUUGGAGGAGAGGGGGAGGAAUGUGGAGGUGUUGGAGAGGCGGUUGGAGGUGUUGGAGGAACAGAGCGGAGAGGCGGCGGAGUUGGAGGCGAUGGUGAGGCGGGCGAGGGAGCAGGGCGAGGUGGCGGUGGCGAAGCUGAGGGCGGAGAUGGAGGCUGAGCGGGCACGGUGGGAAGAGGAGCGACAGGAUUGGGAGCAGCAGAAGGAGGAUUUACAGGAACGGGCGAAGGACGAGAUCGACGCUGCGAGGGAGGAUCUGCGGAUACUCAUCCAGUCGCACGAUAUUCCAGUCUAUUCGAGAGAGCUCACGAUGACGACGCUCGUGUCGGCAUUGAGCAAGCAUCUCGACGGUGGUGGCGCGAAACGAGGUCUGGAUGCGGAUGCCCAACGGCAGAUGGAGGAAACUCUCCAGGCAGAGACCGAACGGCGUCUUGCUCUCACACAAGAGCUCGAGGCAGCCAAAGCCGAGCUCGCAUCCGUCGAUGCUCGUUUCAAGGAACAAGCCGACACUUUCUCCAACCUCCUCGCACAGCGCGCUCCCACGUCGCCAAUCGAGUACACUGGGGACGCAGCCAAGAUCGUCUCCAUCCUCCAACCCGUCUGGGCCAUCCUUCCCUCUCCCGAGGCUCGCGCCUCCCGCAUCACAGGCGCCGCCAAGCCCUUCCGCACUGGCUCUCCCACCAUCGGUCCAGGAAGCCCCCGCGUCGGGAACGCGUCCAUCUCCGACAUGGACGUUCGCUCGCUCAAGACGCUCUACUCGCCACAGACGCCCACGACCAAAGCGCGGGACAGUCAACCAAACGGCGCUGGCUCGACGAAUGGGCACGGGAACGGGGCGAGUGUGGUCGGGACGUUCACGGCGGAGGCGUUCGCUGCGCGGGUGCAGGCGUUGAUGUCGGACGAUAGGGCGUUAAUCGAGAGGUUGAUUCGGUUCGCGCAGGCGCAUGAUCUGUUGAAGAAGAAUGCGGAGAGGGCGCAGAAGUUGGCGCAGGAGAGCAAUGGGGCGUUAGAGACGUAUUCGAAGCAGGUCAAGACGCUCGAGGAUCGGAAUACGAGCCUUGCGCAGAGGCAGGCGGGGAUGCAACAAGAGGUACAAGAGUUGCAGGCGGCUCUUGACCGACUUUCAGAGGAGAAGCGGGACGUGGAGAUGCAGGCUGCCGAGCAAGCAGAGACAUGUCGGCAGCUCACCGAGGCCAACAACGCCCUCAGCGCCAAGACGCUCACUCUCGCCGCAGAAGCCGCCUCGACCGGCGACGGACUUCGGAAGCAGAUGGACGCGAAGAGCGAGAGUAUACGGAGAGAGAUGGAAGAGAAGUUACGGACGUUGGAGACUCAGCUCGAGCAGGCGAAGAAGGCCCUCUCGGCGGCGCAGGACGAGCUCGCGGCGAUGCAGGUCGCGGAGCAGACGCAGAAGAUCGCAUUGUUGGAAGAGCUGAACUCGAUACAGGAGGAGAAUGGGAAGAUGAAGGCCCAGUUGCGGAGUCUUGGGAAGAUGUAGUCAUAAGUCUCAGUCAGUCACAUCGGCAGGUUCGACAGACACACAGCAAGCAAGUUCAAUUUUACUCACUGGUGGAUAAUACUCGAUCUCCUCUAUGAUACAUAAGCAUGGAUACGUCAAUUUUUCUCUCUCGUUUUCGGAAGUCGCUCCUUUAUCUCCAUCUCCAUCUCCGUCUCGUCUCGAUCAUCUCUAUCUCUAUAUCUCAUGGAUGUACACGUCCUGCUCGUUUUAUUUGCUUGCUUUGAGGGAGCUUUGCUUUUUUUGGCGCAUUAUUUAUCUCAUUUU